GUCAUGGGCCCAGGUAACACUUUUCUGCUAUGUUGAGACUUUAAAGAAGGGUUGGCUCAAUGGAUGAACAACAGGUAGUUGGUUUCUUUUCAUAGCAUUCCAAUUGAAAGACCACACUUAGUUGAUAAGAAGUUGACAAAAUCAGGCCAAGCUAUAAAAGGUCUGUUCAGGUCUUCUUAGAAGCAGUUAUAACCUUAUUAAUAAAAUGCCAAAAUUCUUGUAGCUGCACACGUGUAUUAGUGAGGUGAACGGUGUUUGUAUUUUAGGAAAUAAUUCUGUUUUGAGUGAGAUUCGUAUUUUAUACCGUUUCAUAUUUUAUCCAUGGUAUUCAAAGUAAUAGAAGAAUCGAAGGUUGUUUGAAAGGGUGCUAAAAAAAUCUAAAAGGGACUGACUGCAUUUUAAUCUGCUAGGAGUCUCACAAACUCUUUCUUAUUAUUUCAUGGUUUUAUAUGUAAAAUAUGUUUUCUCUUAUGUUUUUGGAUUGAAAUAGUAUAGACAAAUCUGACCAGCUUUUUUUAAGACAGCUGUUGUAGGAAUUCCAGUGCGAGACAGAGGCUAUACGCUAAACCAUAACAGCUUGAAAAAUUGUUAAACGUAUAACACCGUUUGAGUUAUUGGUUUCUCUAGGAAUACGUUACGUGGUGACUGACACAGAAGCCUGGGUUAGUGUUGGGGAUUUAUUAACAAUGGUUGGGACAGGAGGCCCUGUUGCCCUGUUCUCUGUGUGGGACUAUGUAGUUUUUGUAGCCAUUGUCUUGGGGGCUGCAGCCAUUGGACUGUACCAGGCCUUCUCAGGGCGCACUCAGUCCAGCAGCUCGGAGUUUCUGCUGGGGGGACGUCAGAUGACUGCAGUGCCUGUUGCCAUGUCUCUGACUGCCAGCUUCAUGUCUGGCAUCACUGUCAUUGGCACACCAGCUGAGGCCUACAGAUUUGGAGCUGCUUUCUGGCUUUUUGCUUUUGCCUACACCAUUAUGUCGACCAUCACCGCUGAAAUCUUCGUGCCCGUCUUCUAUCGCCUUGGGAUCACUAGCACGUACGAGUAUUUAGAGAUGCGAUUCAACAGACUGACACGAAUAAUUGGUACCACUAUGUACAUUUUCCAGACUGCACUGUACACGGGAAUGGCGAUUUAUGCUCCAGCACUUGCUUUGGAACAAAUCACAGGACUUAAUCUGUGGGGAGUGCUGGUUGCCACAGGAACAGUCUGCAUCAUCUACUGCACACUGGGAGGCCUGAAGGCAGUGAUCUGGACUGACGUCUUUCAGAUGGUCGUCAUGCUGGCGGGGUUUGUAGCGGUCAUUGCCAGAGGCAUGGUCGUCACAGGAGGCCUGCACAAGAUCUGGAAUGACUCAUACAACGGGGGUCGGCUGAAUGCAUGGGACUUUGAUCCCGACCCUUUGAAGCGCCACACUUUCUGGACAAUUGUAGUUGGUGGAAGCCUGAUGUGGACCUCCAUGUAUGCUAUCAACCAGUCCCAGGUGCAGAGGUACAUCUCUUGUCAGACCAUGGUCCACGCCAAAUUAUCAUUGUACGUGAACAUGGUUGGGCUGUGGGUCACUGUGACCCUGGCAAUGAUAUCUGGUCUCACCAUGUACUCAAUUUACAAGAACUGUGACCCACUCACCAACGGAGAUAUAGGGGCACCUGAUCAGCUGCUCCCCUACUUGGUAAUGGACAUCUUGGCCGAUUUCCCAGGUGUGCCUGGACUUUUUGUGGCAGCAGCGUACAGCGGUACCCUCAGCACAGUGUCAUCCAGCAUUAAUGCUCUUGUGGCUGUCACUGUGGAAGACUUCAUCAAAGCGCUCUGGCCCAGGACCUCCGAGAAGCUGCUGUUCUGGAUCUCCAUGGGUCUGAGUGUCUUUUUUGGGGCUUUAUGCAUUGGAAUGGCAGCCUUAUCUUCCUUAAUGGGUGGCAUUCUGCAGGCAGCACUCUCUAUUUUUGGAAUGAUCAGCGGACCACUGCUGGGCCUGUACCUGCUUGGAAUGCUCUUUCCCUGUGGGAAUACCACUGGAGGACUGACGGGUCUGAUCACAAGCCUGGUGUUGACACUGUGGGUAGGGAUUGGGGCACAGAUAUACCCACCCCUGCCUGAAAAGACAUUGCCCCUCUCCCUCAGCACAGACGGCUGCUUCUCCAAUCUCACACAGCAUCUUAACGGCAGCACUACCACCCCCUGGAGUAUAGGAGGAACACCUACAGCAGCUAGUUAUUCAGUUGAAAGACCUGCAAUUGCAGACAACUGGUAUUCACUGUCCUACCUGUACUUCUGCCCCUUGGGCACCUUGGUCGCCCUCAUCUUUGGCCUCUUCAUCAGCAUCAUUUCAGGAGGAUGUAAACAGAAGAAGGUCAAUCCUGAUCUUUUAAUCAGGAAGAGUGACCUUAUCUGUUUUACUUGCAACAAGGAAUCACCUCAGCUCUCAGUGGCAGAGUGGAAGGAGAAGUCAGAUGGCAAUUUGGCCAAAGGAAUAAGCAACCCUGCAUUCAAGAACACUGAACGCAACAUCCAGAUAAUUAUGGAGAAGAUGACCCGUCUGUGAAAGAACUAAUCAGACAAUCCAUUUGGGAACAAUGAGACCUAGAUCGGAGCAGAAAUCAUUUAUACUACCACUCUGUCAGUUAUGAUAGUUAGAAACAUCCAUUUGGGAUUUGCUCCAGAUUUUUUUUUUGGAUACUUUUUUGUUUGAAAGAACAAUCAAGCAAUCUGAAGAAUAGAAGUGAUAAAUGUUUGAGUGCUGGGUAGAAAAAGACUGCUGUUUAUAUCUGUCUUUACAAAGCAUGAGAAAUGUUUGUCAAGGAAUAAAAAAGUAUUUCCCAUACAAAGUCUAACUUAAAGUCACAUUGAGGAUCGAUAUAUAUAUACAGUGUUGCAGGGCUACUUGAUAAGCAGUGUGCCCAGUCCUAUUCUUUGAAAUACUUUUAUAUGACGCACUUUCAUUGUUAAUUGUUAUAUUCAAUAAUCUUCUGUUUAAGAUGAAUGUAUCAGUGAGGAGGGCCUGGAGAUGCUGCAGUGUAAGUGUAUAACAAUAACCUACUACAGGCAUUUUAAACUCGGAAUCACAAGAUCUGACAAUCUCAGUUGUCCAUUACAACAAUCAUACUGUACUUCCAUCCAUCCAUUUUCUCAGAGUUUUAUCCAAUACAGGGCCGCAGGGGAGCAAGAGCUUAUCCCAGCAAGCGACUGCCGCGAGACAUGAUACACCCUCAACAGGAUGUCACUCCAUCACAGGACACACACAAACAUGGACACUCUCACUCCAGGUCCAAUUUUCCCAGGAGCCAAUAACCUGCC